CAAGGCUCCCCAAAAAAGCUGCACUUGUUGAAAAAAGCUCACACACACGUGGGACACAUACACGCGACUCAAAUUGAUUGGAGGCAGCAUGGCAAAGAGCCGCGAAGUGAUCCAGCUGCACGUAGGUCAGGCCGGUGUCCAAAUUGCGAGUGCAUGUUGGGAGUUGUACUGCAUGGAGCAUGGAAUCUACCCGGACGGGCGGUUCUGCGACUGCUCGAUGUUUGACGACUGCAGUGCGUUUUUCAGCUGCGACAAGAAGGGCCGGUGCGUUCCGCGGGUGGUGAUGAUCGACCUGGAACCGUCGGUGAUUGACGAGAUUCGGAUCGGGGCGUAUCGGCAUCUGUUCCAUCCGAGCACGCUGAUCACGGGGAAGGAGGACGCGUCGAGUAACUUUGCCCGGGGUCACUUCAGCUUGGGCCGGAUGAUGAUCGACACGUUGAUGAACCGGGUGCGGAAGGUCGCCGAAGGGUGCUCCACCGUGCAAGGGUUCAUGUUGUUUCAUAGUUUGGGUGGAGGGACGGGCUCGGGUCUGGGGACGUUGGCUCUCGAGAAACUCAACGACGAGUACGGCAAGACGUCGAAGAUUGAGUUUAAUAUUUUUCCUUCGCCGCGUAUUUCGCCGGUCAUCGUGGAGCCGUACAACGCGGUGCUGUCGACGCACGCCGGCAUGGAGUACAGUGACUGUUCGAUUCUGCUCGACAACGAAGCCCUCUAUGACGUGUGCGACCGCAGUCUAAACGUGACCGAACCGACGUACACCAAUCUCAACAGGCUGAUCGCGCAAAUCGUAUCUUGCGUCACUUCUUCGUUGCGCUUUUCCGGCGCCAUCAACGUCGACCUGCUCGAGUUUCAAACCAACCUUGUUCCGUACCCGAGGAUCCACUACCCCCUCGUAACGUACUCGCCGUUGAUCCCGUUCCGAAAUGCAAACCAUGAACAGCUCACCACCCACCAAAUCACCUACGAGUGCUUCGAACCGGGCAAUCAACUGGUCAAGUGCGAUCCCCGGUCCGGCAAGUACAUCUCGUGCUGCAUGCUGUACCGCGGGGAUGUCUCGCCGGUGGACAUCAACCGGUCCAUCCAGGAGGUGAAGGCGAAGAGUUCGGUCAACUUUGUGGACUGGUGUCCAACCGGGUUCAAGAUCGGCAUCAACUACCAGGCGCCGAUUUCCGUGCCAGGCGGGGACUUGGCCAAGGUGGACCGGGCCGUCUGUAUGCUGUCCAACAGUACGGCGGUCAAGUCGGCUUGGGAGCGGAUCGCCACCAAGUAUGAUCUGCUGUACGAGCGAAAGGUGUUUUUUCACCACUUUUUGGAUGAAGGUCUCGAAGAAAGUGACCUGUGCGACGCCAAGGAAAACAUGACGGCCCUCAUUUGUGACUAUCAAGAGGUUGAAAAGUAAUCGUCAAGCGAG